CUGCGCAAGAGAACAAAUAAAUUUGACUGAUAAAUUAGUGUUUGUGACGGAAAAACAACCAACACGAACUUGAUAUUCGUUGAAGCUCACUGAAUCAAGCGUUUUAUGUACAAUGACUUCUGAGCUCAGCGAAAUGGUGAAGUCCGAUAUCAAAGACCAAAAUUUAGUUGACGAAUAUUCGAAAGCCAAGAAGCAAAAUGCUCAAACCUGUUUGAGCAGUCCAUUCACCUUCCGUUUAUGGCAAAUUCUCGUCUUUCUCUUUAUCGUGGCGAUCAUUAUCACUGUGGUAGGAAUUGUGGUCGCUAGGUUUGGCCCCAGAAGUGAAUGCCCCAACAGCAAUAAAACCAGCGGUGUUCUCUCAACAACCAAGCAGAAUGGAGGUAACCAAACUUUCUUGCCGUUUAGAUACUUAGUAUUGUAUUCCACAAAGUUUUCUAGGAGUGGAAUUUGUAAACGAUUUUAUACAUUGCUCGUUUUGACGGUGUGAGUGAUCAUCACAGCCAGCCCAACCAGUGUGUGUCAAUAACAUUUACAUUACAGAUCAUCAGUAGCGGGGAAGUCAAAAUGUUGCAAAACAAAGCUUAGUAUACAUACCUUUAACUGAACGUCUUGUUAGUCCUGGCCGGUUUAAUUCGCAUUUUGGCGAGUUUUGCACUCUGAGGUACCUCGUUUCGUAUUUAGUGGAUAAUAGCGGUAAGUAAGCCCGUAAAUAAGGCUUUUGGAUUUACAGUUUAAGGGGUCAUGUGUACGUCGUUUGUCUUUGGUGGAGGUGAAGGCGUAGUUGGAUUGGCCUUGCUUUAAAAACGGACAGGUAAGGCAGCGUGGAUGAUUACAUUUUAAAACGACAGAAACUACAGAUCUUUUUCCCCAGCCAAAAGUUGGAAGUGACAUUCGAGCGAACUACAAAACUGUCAGCUCUGUCUUUCCCGACGAUCCGAAGGUGUCACAAAUUAUAUUUACUUUCUUAUUUUUUAUCUAUCUUACAUAUUUAUCUUAAACAUUUAUUCAUCUUAUUUAUUGAUUCAUUUAUCUAUUAUUUUCCGCCAUCCACCGUCCGCCGUCCGCCGUCCGCCGUCCACCGUCCGCCAUCUUCCGUCCGCGGUCCGUUUCCUUGCAGAGUCCUGCAAAUUGGCGGAUUUUUCUUCAUUGAAGGCUAUUCUUCUAGGAAGUGUCAUUCUUAAAUCAGAAUAUAAAAAAGCUUAUCAAAAGGAGAUUAACAGAACGUGGAAUGCUGUUAUCCGAACGCGCCAACCUUGUGCUUUCGUGAGAGUGGCUUCUGUCGAAGAUGUGGCCAACACUGUUAAGUUUUGCGUACACAACAAGGUAGGGUAAGCAGGGGUUCACUGGUAACGCAUUAACUUGAAAUCCAGCUACGCUCUUAUUACAACAAGAGACAAAAAGGCAGCUGUAUUUAAUUGGCCAAUUAUCCCAUUAUUGUGUUCAUAAUCUACCUUGAUUAGGUCUUUCAAAUUAUUGGAGGUUUGCUCAUUGCAAUAAACUGCAUAAAGGUGGCUCAGGUUCUUCUGAAACAUGCCUCGUGAGUCAUAAUAAAUACGUGACUAGUCUGUUUCUAGAAAGGUGAUCUACACGUGCAGCUGGUAAAUGAUCUGUGACCCUCUAUUGUUCCAUACUAACAAAAUGUGUCAUGAUUCAAUUAUACGUCAACUCUAAAUAAUAUUAUAACUGCAUAAUGGUCUUUUUUAAAAUUGGAUAUAGAUUUUUUUUUUCGAAGGAUAGGCUAAAAAUUUUUAAUUCAUUUCGUGGGCGUUUUUAAUAAAACAAUUAUUCCACUCGGCUUGUUGGAUAUGAAAUGUUCUCGGCGCGCGCCUCGUUGGCUAUCUAUCAUCACAUCCAACGCCCUCGAAGUUAAAUAACGGAUGGGUAAGAAAAUAUGGUAAUUUAUGCUUCCGAGAAAUUUUGGUUCUGAAAAAAUCGUCCGUACGGAGUACGUCCGUACGUACGUCUACCCCCUCAUGUUAGCGGAUGCGAAAUGGCACACUUUAAUACUAUCUGUGUAAAACUUGGUAUUGGACAUUCAUGUUGUGAUCAAUUGACAGCUGUUAAAAAGGUAUCCGCUGACCAGUGUCACAUGACUGCAUCGCGGGCUCAGGUAUACAACUCAUGGAAGUGAUGUAAUUUUUUAAAGUUACCCGCUGACUUUGGGUAGAAUUCAGUACGAGAUUAGUUUGCUCUCUGCUUACGGUCUAAGUAUAAUUAAUUGUGAAAGACAUUUCCUAAAGCAUCCUUCGAGAGAUACGCUUGUGGCCUUGGCUAAAUCUAUAUAUCAUUUUUUAAUUACUUAAACCAAAAAAUUAAAACCAAUAAGCUUCAACCUAUGCAAAUCUAGAAGUUUUUUACUUAACUGAUCUUAAAACAAAGAGAGAAAAAUAUAAAUCAAAUACGAUCACAGUAAUAGUCUUGGAAAAGAAUUAUUGCGGAUACGCGUACAUCACUAACUGGGAAUUGGGCACUAGGAAGCUUAUGUUUGGUGGUCACUCAGGUAAAUUAUUACAUUGUUCUGUAUGCCCAAGCUAUAAAACCUGUACUGUAAGUUAUACUUUUUGUUUCUUCUGCCGAUAAGACCCAGGAAGGUUGAUAACUAUAUUUCAUUUCUCCCUGCUAUUCUGCAAAAUAACUGUUCGAGGGAGCAAAUAUUGCCUAGAAAUUUCCAAAGCUCGAGAAAAGCUAAAAAUUUCUGGAUAACCGUUCCAUUCGUCUAAAAUAUUCGGAGGUUUUCUAAUAGGUUAACUACGAUUUUCGGAGGUUGUGCUUUCACAUAUUAAUAUCAAGAUAUUGCGAUUAUUGUUAAAAAAUAAAAGGUCUCCGAAAACGUUCGGUGUAAAGACAAAACGUCCCGUAUAAUUUUCUAUGAAAGCAAUGUCCUCGAACUUUCGCGCGGUCCGAUGAGUGUAGCUAAGACUUUCGGAUGAAACGAAGAAGUCACCAAAAACACUUCGUGACGACCAAAGUUUUACUAAGACAUCCAAACAGAUAAAUAGUUUUUCGGGCAACUCCAAAUUGACCAAACAGGCCUCUAAAGCAUAGAAAAAACCAUGUGAGACACUUCUGGCGUAUUUGGAAACAUUCGGUCUUUGGGUUCCCCUGUGUUGUCCGCCGUUAGAGCGUGCUUGAAAGUAUCUGCAGACGCAGCUGUCAAUGAAUCCCUUUGCGACACUUUCCCUACCCUACUGAGUUUUUUUGGAAAUAUGAAGUAAACUCCGUCCAUAGUAUUUGGAGGUUAUUUAACAUAAGCCUAGAACUGGGAGUGAUUAAAGGAUUUUCAAAAGGACACCUGUUACAUAAUGUAAACAGGUCUUUUAAGAAAUAUUGGUAUCAGAGGGAAAAAAGUAAUGUAAGCUUGCUGUUUGCUUGAAAACGGUCUCUGAUUCCAAUCAACUAUUUCUCGAGCUCCAUGUUUCCCCAGGUCUAUAGCAUGUGUAUGGACAAAGGCCUCCAAGACCAGGUGCAAGAGGGUAAUGGAAGCACUUAAAGCCAUAUUAUUCGGCAGUAAAGAAUUGUUUUAGUCUGAAUGGCAGUGUUUUUAUGCUUUUUUCAGCUUGAGAUGUGUAUUUCUGCUGCAAGGAACAGUGACUUUGCAUUGGUCGAUGAUGCUGUGGUGAUAGAUUUGUCAUAUCUGAAUACUGUUACUGUGGAUGUUCAAAGUAAAGUAUGUAUGCAGUUUUAUUUUACAUAAUAUUUACAUUGCGUAAUGAAUGCAUAUAAAAAUUAUUACAUAACAAUUUUACUAAAUUAUUUUACAAGGGUUCUGAUAUUUCGCGCGGUCGCGGGGCCGCGAAAUUCACAAAAACACGCAAAAUUCGCUAGAAAUCUUAUCAAAUACAUGUCGAUACAACAUAUUUGAAACGUAUCUCGGCUAUUGGGGCUGUUUAAUUGCCGUAAACUUGCAAAUUUAUCUUGAAACUUCGUCACCGCAAUGAGUAAUCAACGUCUUAAAACUACAAGGCGAGAUUAUGUUGCGAAAAACUGGGCACUAGUCAUGAUGUUAAAAGACGCUCGCCAAUCGGCGCAAAUCCGAUCAAUUUCUAGCAAAAUUUGCCCAGAAAAUUCCCCCGAAAUCAGCCUUAUUUUUACCGAUUGAUUUUCGGCAAAGUUUGCCCCAAAAAUCCCCGUGAAAUUUCCGCGAAAUCGGCCGGUUUUUCCCCGAAUAUGUCUCUGAAAAUCCCGCAAAAUUUGACUUUUUUCCGCAACCUAUCAGAAGCCCUGAUUUUAAUAGCAAAUGAUAUACAGUAAAUUACAUAUAUUGAAAUUAUUAAAAUUGCAUGCAUGUGCAGAAUCAUCUGAAGUCUGACAGUCUGAAAUGUUGACUGUUGAACAAUUUAUUUUAGGAAGUUGUUGUUGGAGCGGGUGCUAAGAUGGCUGAUGUUGAUGAAAAAACAGUUCCUCACUCUCUUGUUACGCCUCUUGGUAGCUACUCCCAGCUGGGUGUGGCAGGACUUACUCUUUUGUGUGGCACUGGGUUCCUGAGCAGGUCAUAUGGGUGUACUGCAGACAAUGCUUUGGAGUUUGGUAAGUAAAAUCUUAUUUAGAUAAUUCACCUGGCUUUCUAGGAUAGUCAGGACAGAAACAUGAUGAUAACAAAAGAUGUCCCCUCACUGCUCUAAUAGACAAAAUAUCCCUAGAAAAUUAGUGUAAGUUUACUGUCACACUCAGAAAACCGUGAACACCUGAAAAAUUUCUGGAAUUUUGACUGUGUAGUUACCGAUCACAGUAAAGUUCAGGACACGCGAGCAAACUUUAUGGUUACUGUUUGUGGUUUGGUAAUCUAACGCCUUAUUGGCUUUUUCCUCGCAACACGAUAACAUUCCAUAAAUAUUUCUGGUCUUCACGCUUUUGUGUGUUUCACUGUAAAACAGGCAUGUUUUACUAUAAAGUUUGGGUACCAACUGAACAUCAGCACCCAGUUAGGUAUGCGUAUUGUUUUUAGGCAGAACUCAAAAUUUUCAUUUAAUGCUGUACUUGAGUCUAUGAACAUAAUAGACCUUUCCUGUGCUUGAAAAUACCAUUAAAAAUAUAAUUGAUGUCAUAAAAAUUAAGACCUGGUGGUUGUUGUUCAGUACAAAAGUCAUUUUUCUUAAUUUACAAAUUCUUAGAGUUGGUUACAGCAUCAGGAGACGUUAUUAAGGCAAGUGAGAAAAACAAUUCAGACCUGUUCUGGGGGAUGAAAGGCUAUGGCUCUAACUUUGGGUAGGUUUUGGGUGAUGUAUGUGUACAAAAUGAAGUGAACUGCACAUUUUUGAUAUCUGUAAGAGCACUGGAACUUUCGCACAGUGGCUUACAAGUACACCUCUCUGCAAUAGCCCUGGAAAAUUGUUCUGGUUGUCGGUCUAUCCAUUUACUAUUUUUGGAGCAUCGCAUAACAGCCUUUUCUAGACAAUAUAGCAACAAAAUCUGUGCACUAUUUCCUUGUUGCAAACCAGAAAAUGCUCUCAGAAUAACUUAUGUGUCAGUCAUCUGUCCUUGCUAAAAAAUGCAAUAAGUUUUUCUUUUGCUUCAGUCUAUGAACAUGAUGGUAGAGAAAACUUAAUAACAGUGGAAUAUUUUAACACUAUCACCACCCAGCCCCAAUUGUUCAGUUGCUAUCCACCAGGUUAAUCUCUGUUCCCUGGAUAGCCUAAUUGCUUUCCCCAAUACUUUGUCUUAUUCACUGAGUAUUAAUUUAUCCAGCUUGGAUAAAGCUAUUUAGUUUUUGAGCUGGGGCUAGAUCUAUAUAGAAGUCCGUAGAGAACUUUCAUUGAUUUCAUUACCCCACUAUACAGUCGAAGCCUAUGACUGUGACCACCUUUGGGUCAUACUGAUUUGGGCCAAAAUAACGCGGCCAUAUUAAAACGGUGGCGUGGAGUCUGGCAGUCCAAGUUCAAGCGUCUUGCCAUUUUGUUGCUUCCGUUUCACAAGAAACCUUGCUCCACUUUGUCACUCUUCACUCAGGUGUAUUAAUGGGUACUCAUGACAUACUGCUGAGAGGUAACCCUGCAAUGGCCCAUUGCAGUGUUACCUUGGGGGGGUAGCAAUACUCUAAAUGCUUCAUGCUAGUACUGAAAUUGGCCAAGUAGGUUUCAUUAACUUGUGUGUACCUGUAUCUUUUAUGUUAAAAGAGUGAUAAGCGGGGUCCCUGCAUACCUCCUAACAGUGACCACCAGCCAGCAUGGCUAUUGUAUAGUCAUUUCGCUCUAAGGAAAUCGUAAACCCCUCCGGACCCAACGUAAAAUAUCGGACUAAACGUUUGUGCCUUUUGUUUCCCAUUAGAGUAGUGACAUCCAUAACAUUUCAGCUUCAUGAUAUUCCUGACCAAGUCAUGGCAGGGGACCUGUAUUACUCCAUUUCUCAAGCUCCAGGGGCAUUCAAAGAUACAAGAGACUUCAUUCGUGAAAAGGACGACAACAGAAUUUCAGUCUACAUGAUGGUGCAUUUUAAGUCUAGUGGGUAAGAACGUAUUCAUGUCAGUUGUUAUCCGUGUACACCCCUUUAUUGUAUACCCCGUGUACACUUCGUCCUUCUUACUUCCGGGCACCCGCUCUCCACCUAAUGAAAACAGAUGCUUUAUUAUCCGGCUGAACCUAAAAGUUAUUAAUUAAUAACAACUGGUGACCAAUUAGAAAUUUUGUAUUUCAGGUGAACAAACCCGGCAACCCUUCCCCUCCCCUGUCAAAAAUCUGAUCUCUGCUCUUAAGAUUAACCAUACUGGAUGCAACUUGGUCGCACUCCUUUUAGCCAAUCUAAAUCCGGAUUUUGCGAUCGAAAAUUCAAUUUUUUGUUCCAUUAAGGACCAAACCAAUCUAAGAUUGCAAUCCGAACGAUCUACCUCUGAGCGUGGAUCGUUCAGAUUGGUAUCUCAAUCUGGUUUCAUAUCUUUGUUCCAUUUAAUGAAACUGCUUUUCGAUCGUAAAAACGUGCUCGUUCAUCAGUAAACACCGCGGGUCAAGGUUAGUUCAGGCAAAAGUUAUUUGUAUUCGCCCGUUGUUCUAUGCCGCUAAAGGAUUCCAGUAUAUUUAACUCAAGUUCCACUGUCACUCUAAAUCCGUUAGGAAGAGAAAACGCUUAGAUUUUCUCACUGUAAAACUAUACGGUCCAAUGUCUGUUUGUGUUUAGAACGCGCUCCUCAGCGCUUGAGGAUUCGUAAUUGUCUUCUGAAUUUUCUUGAAUCAAAUUCCAGAUAAUUUUAAGUUGAUGAGUUCCAGUACGAGCCAGCAUGAACCACCACUAGUUAAAGAGCUAGUUUUCUUUCCGUCUCUCCACGAGAAUUAAGAUGCUUAAAUUUAGCAGAAAGAAGUAAAAUUGAUAAGCAGAGAGAAUUAAUUCUAAUACUUAGUAGUUUCCUCGGCUCAUCAUUCGCGAUCAAGGCGAAAGCAUUGAGCUUGACCUCCUGCUCUACAGACAAGUUCUCUAUUUACUAAGCUAGCCAUUACCUCUUCUCUUACUUUUGCAGACCUCAAGUAAUCUGCCACUUCCUUUUCAUUGGCCCGCCAAGAGAAGGUGGUGAAAUUCUAAUGGAGUUAACAAAUCGGACAAAACCUAUUGAUAACAAAGUGAAGCCCAUGCCUUUUGAUCAGUUCCAGAAGAGUGGUGACUGGAUGGUUCCCAGAGGGCGGUUUUACUAUACACCAAUGGGAGCAUUUGCUAAAGGUAUGACUGAAGGCAAUAUUUUUAUCUGUUUUUUUUUUAUUUAUUGUUUAAUUUUUGGUACGCUAAACUUUAAAAAAUGUGAUUUUUUUAGAGUAUUAUACAAGCUUUAAGUAUAGGUUGUGAUAGCAAUGUAGAGUGUGUUUAAGAAAUUUCUGUUUACUUUUAAGUCUUUUUAAAGUCUUAAAGGACAUCCAAAUGAGGACUUACCUUCCCAAAAAGACAGAAAAUGUGGGGCAUCGAAUUGGCGUUGGAGAUAUCAAGAAACUGCAUCAAAAAUACCCAACGUUUUAAAAAUGUCUUUAUUGCCGAGCAUGGCCUUUGCAUUGAAGACGAAUAAUACAUUUCUUUUGUUUUAUUCCCCCAAGCCUCGUAGCUAAGUAUUAAUUUUAAUAUAUUGAAAUUGGUCUAUCUGUAGGGUGGGCCUAUGAUGGUGCUGGGCUUAAGGCCCUGCGCCCUGUUAAUCGCGCAUGCACCACAAUCAGCGCGAGCCAAUCCAAGUGCUCGCCCCACUUCCCCUCUCCACCUUCCCUCUUCCUAGGAAAGGCCGAUGCUGCCGGCAGCCUGAAAAAUCUCAAGCGUCCUCAGCUGAGAUGCAAACUCCCAACAAAACAAAGUUUACUUAAAUUUUCUGGAUUGUUGUUAGCUGGUUUUCCUUGUUAGCCUGUUUCUAGAAUAGUUAGAAUCCCCCUGCAUUGUUAACAAAGUUUCUGAUUUUCCUAAACAGAACUUAAAGAUGAGUUAAUUGAUAUGAUCUUCGACGAAGUCAACAAAGCCCCCGAAUCACGAAUAAUAACACCUAGCAACAUGUAUAUAUCAAGCCUUGGAGGAAAACUAAAUGAAACGACAGACAAGGACAACCCAUUCGCUUUUAAAGCAGCAGGGUAUGCAGUUAUAUUCUUAUCUGUGAAGUCAUUUCCGUGAAAUACUAAUCACUCGCUUCUUUGCCAUACCCUCUAUAGUUUUCGCGUUCACUUGCGGGACAUUUUCGGAAUUAUUCGGAACACUCUUUGCCGUAAAACUAACGUAUAGGUCGAUCGCGGUCAGAAUACUUCGAGUCAUCUGAGAAUGUUUCGGGUCAACUUCGGAAAUAUUUUAAAAUUAGAGGAAUUCUGCGAUUCCGAGUCAAAGUCUUUGGAAAUCUUCCGAUCUUCUUAGGGAAGGCUUGCAAGUCUUUUUUUUUUUCUUGUCAGGUACUGGAUUGGUCCUGUAGUUGGUACACAGAAUCAAAACUCGUAUGACGUCAUAAAGACAUGGGCCGACAACAUCAAUCAGAAACUGUCCAAAUAUAGAAUCUUCCCACAAGGCCCCGAGGCUGACAAAGUUAUGCAGAGACUGAAAGAGUUGAAAGUAAGGUACGAUCCUGAAAAUGUCUUCCACCAGAACGUGAAUAUUGAUCCUAAAAAGGAAUAGGCUUUUAGUUAGGUAGUUAAACUUGUUUUAAAGGUGGCGAACAAACAGAACAACCUGCAACCAGCUGCAGAAAAAUUCGUCGUCGAUCGUGACAGCUCACGACUCCCCUUCAACUCAGUGUAAACUUUUUCUUUUAAAUUUUAAGGUGAUGUUACAUGGGACGAUUCGCAACGACGAUUUUUAGCGCAACAUAGUGUUGCAACAUUGUUCCGACAUUGUUUCGAAUAGUUACAGCAUUGUUCCAGCAUUGCAACGCUGUGUUGCGCUAAAAAUGAUCGUUGCGAAUCGUGUCGCGUAACAUCACCUUUGAAUCAGAUAUCAUUAGUUACGGCUGACGUUGAGUUUAAUACAACUGGCUCCUGAUAACAUUUAGGAAUUCAAACACGUUUACUCAAGUUGUAAACGUGUUCUUUAAAAUGGUAUUGGUCGGUGUUGUCUGUAACAGGGAGCUUUACGAACGGCGACAGCGACGGCAACCAGAACGUCAAAAAGUAAUAGGUUUAAUAAGCAAAACAACAACUUUGCAGGUGCAUAACGCUUUUUUGUAUAUUUCCUUGCCGUCACUGCCCAUGCACGAAUGCCUCAAAGAAGCACGAAACGCGACAAAGUUUGGAAUAACGCGAAUUAAUCUUUAAACAUGUUAGCGUUUUCGGUGCCGUGGGUGACGUCUAUGGGGGGGGG